AUGGGCUCAGCGUUAGGCACCCAAGCACCGCCUAAAGAAGCUACUGCAGUCCGCUGGACGUUACCACUGGGUCCAGACCCCUCAUUUCAGAAGCUGCCGCCCGACUUGUCCUCGCAACGCAACGUCAUCAACCUUGAUUGCACGACAACGCCGGAAGAAGCACGAACCCACGGCAUUGCGACCCGAGAGCCCUACCUCAGCCCAGGAGGUAGAAUGGUGAGCCAACCGCAGAACCCAAACAGCAGCCACCCGCGGCCGCUGUUCGGGGCCGAGCUGGAGGCAAGACCCCCUGAUGGCAACCCAGUCUUCGAAAUGAGUGGGGAGUCGGCACCUUCGAAGGACAACAACAGCACGAACAAUAUAUACCCAGAGAGGAAGGAGACGGGUCCGAAUUCUCAGGCUCAUCCGUGGCCGUUCUACUUGGAUGAGCAAGGCCAGAGACGACCGAUCAUGGAGGAAGCCGGUAGACCACAGGCUGCGGCCAACGACGACAACGAUGCUGUGCCUGCUGCAUUGGCGAUCAAGUUCGCGGGGCGUCCUGCGGGCUCCGAUGCUUCUGCAGAGGUCCGGCCUCUUGUGAUGAGGCCCGCCAGUCCAGCCAAAACGGACUCCUUUAUCCCGGCGCCGCUCAACAUCUCUCGACCUUCACAGUCAUCACCCCCUCCACUCUCACCCAAGACGUACAAGCCCUAUCAGCCGCCAACUUCCCUGGAAGAGCCAAAGUCGCCAUCGAUCGCUGGUCACUUUAAGCAUGAGCCAGGCCAAGCCUAUAGGCCCUACCGUCGGCCGUCAUAUGAUGAAAGGCCGUCUGCGAGCGCUACGGCUGUUCCGACCACGGCGCCUGCAUCAGGCUAUGGAAUAGUUGGGAGCGCUCCAACUUCGCCAGCGCUCUCGGCUCAACCAUUUAGAUAUCCAUCUCCCGCGGGCAAAGAGCAACAAUCUCUGGCAGCCGUUCCACCAACGGGGUCUCCCAAAAUACCUGCGGCAGGCUCGCCCGCUCUGGGGAAUAGAACACCGUCUCCUUCUCUCAGACCUUAUCAACCCCCAUAUUCUGAAUAUGAGGCAGGCAGCCAGGUAAACCAGUCACCCCCACCGCCCGUUCCGCUCAAGACUCGCCCUCCCGCGGUUGAUUCUAGCGCUCAGCAGGAGGCCGGAGUGCAUGCUGGACAGCCAGCAAGUCCGCCUAUUCCUCCUAAAAGUUCGUCUCCUCCACAGCCUGCCGAGAUAGUUCUAUGGCCACAUCCACCGGCUUCUGGCCCAGAUAAGAAAACGGCUCAAUCUUCAUCAACAAAUGUACCCGUCAGUGGAAGUAGUCCGGGACCUUCGAAGCCCACGAGCCCUGCUCCGGAGCAAGUUGCAUCUUUUAUUCCAGAUCCCACUCCUAUCCCGGUUGAGACUAAACCUCCUCCUGUUGCUGCCCCGAGCUCUCAACCCAGCCCCCAACCCAGCCCUCAGCCAGCCCAGCAGCCAAGUGCUUUCAUCCCUCAAGCAACAUAUGCUUCCAGCAGUGCUCAGAAUGCAGAAGCAUCGGCAAGGCCAUCGAAGUUCCCUCAGUUUCCGGAAGUCGACCAGUCCAUUCCCUCGGACCCGCCACCUCCCUAUAUGCCGUCUGCAACGCAUGGUUCCGGUUCCCAUUCUGUUCCAUCCGAGAAACCUUCUCUGUUCCCACCUCCGCCGCAAAUUGCCCCUCAUUUGCCUCAGACCGAUUUCCCGACUCAGCCUACCUAUGCUUCUCAGAGCCAGCCAUCAUCCCCGCUGCCUCCUCAGUCUUUCUCGUCAUCCUACGGGCAGCCUCCUUCUCAACCACCGCCUUCCCUUGGCCAACCACCAACACAACCACCCCCAGGACAGCCCCUAUCUCCGCAGGCUCCAUCCUCUACGCAAGAUGAUUGUCUUCCGCCACCUGGCCCACCGCCUUCGCAUACGCAAUACGCAUACACCCCACUUCCAGGCCAGACAUAUCAUGUUCUUCAACCUCCCCCACCUCUCCCCCCCAGACCUAGUACCGCUCAUGCGUAUCCUUCAGUGGGAUUGAGUACCAAUCCAGUUAAUUCAAUGGCUUACCCCCCUCCGCCGAAGACCCAUUACGUAGCUCAACCCCAAGCAGUUGCUGGGCCAUCACACCCACCAAGUUCUCAACGACCGGCGGGGGGUAAGCUGUUCGGAAGCACAGUGGCCAAGAAAUGGCUUGACAAAACAAGCCAGGUACUAGAGAACAAGGUUGAAGAGAUUCUCCAGAACCACCCUGACCCGAGAUUCCGACCUCAGGCAAACUCCGGCCACGCGCCGCAACAGCCUCAAUACGCGUCUCAACAGCCUUCCGGGCAAUAUUACAACAACACCGGUUCUGCCACACCUCAACCUCAGUGGCAACCCCCGCAUUGA